CUUUGCUGUCUGACAGUCCGUCUCCUGUUAGACUUCUCUCGAGAUUUAUCUCGAGAAUAUUGCAUUCAACAAUGGCUCAGGAACGUCUGCGCGUCCUCAUCGUCGGCAACGGCGGACGCGAACAUGCUCUAGCCUGGAAAUUGAGCCAGUCCCCUCGAGUUGACAUAGUUUAUGUCGCCCCGGGAAAUGGUGGUACUGCAGCGGGAACCCACAGCAAGAUUGAGAAUGCCAAUGUCAAGGGGGAUGAUUAUCCGGGAUUGGUAGCCUUUGCCCAGAAGAACGGAGUCAAUCUCGUGGUUCCUGGUCCUGAGGCUCCUCUGGUAGAUGGUAUUCAGGGAUAUUUCCAAGCUGUGGGAAUCCGGUGCUUUGGUCCCUCGAAGGCCGCUGCACGCAUGGAGGGUUCCAAAGCCUUCUCGAAGGACUUCAUGAAACGCCAUAACAUCCCUACCGCCGCCUACGAGAAUUUCACAGAAUACGAAAAGGCUCGCAAAUAUCUCGAUAGUGUGUCGCAUAACGUUGUCAUCAAAGCCGAUGGAUUGGCUGGUGGCAAGGGGGUCAUCAUCCCAACAUCAAAGGAAGAGGCUCACCAGGCCCUUCGCGAAAUGAUGCUCGACCGCCAAUUUGGUGAUGCAGGAAAUGAGGUCGUCAUUGAAGAAUACCUUGAGGGUGACGAACUUAGUGUCUUGACUUUCAGCGAUGGUUACAGCAUCAAGUCCCUCCCCGCUGCUCAGGAUCACAAGCGUAUCUUUGACGGAGAUCAGGGCCCGAAUACGGGAGGGAUGGGGUGCUACGCUCCUACUCCUAUCUCUUCGAAGCAGGUCCUCGAAGAGAUUGAUCGCACAAUUGUGCAACCCUCUAUUGACGGCAUGAGAAGAGAAGGAUUCCCGUUCGUUGGUAUUCUUUUCACCGGUCUCAUGAUGACCAAGAACGGCCCUAAGGUUCUCGAAUACAACGUUCGCGGCGGAGACCCAGAAACCCAGACUCUCCUUCCUCUGCUGAGUGAUGACACCGACUUGGCUGAGAUAAUGGUGGCCUGCACAGAACAUUGGCUCGACGGCGUUUCGAUCAAAAUCAAGCCCAACUUCUCGACCACCGUCAUCGCUGUCGCUGGUGGAUACCCCGGAUCGUACGCCAAGGGCAAAAAGAUCACAUUGGACCAAACCCCAGAGGGUACCCUUAUUUUCCACGCCGGGACAAAGCUUGUUGGAGACGAGCUGCAGACUGCCGGUGGCCGGGUGAUCGCAGCCACCGCUACCGCAUCUAGCCUCGAAGAAGCACUACGCAAGAGCUAUGCCGGUAUUGAGACAAUACACUUCGAAGACAUCUUCUACCGCAAGGAUAUUGCCCACCGUGCUUUCCGUCAGCGCGAGGCCCAGCAGUCCCUGACCUAUGCCGCGGCUGGAGUUUCCAUCGAUGCCGGAAACAACCUAGUCAACAAGAUCAAGAGCAGUGUCGCGAAGACUAAGCGCCCUGGAACCGACGCCGUCAUUGGCGGUUUUGGUGGUCUCUUCUCUCUCGCCGCAGCAAACUCCGCUUAUCACCCGGAGUCUCCAACCCUCAUCGGAGCUAUCGACGGCGUCGGAACCAAGCUCAAGAUCGCUCAUGCCGCGGGCAUCCACAACACUGUCGGUGUCGACCUCGUGGCCAUGAACGUUAACGACCUCGUUGUCCAGGGCGCCGAGCCGCUCUUCUUCCUCGACUGCUACUCCUGCGGCAAGCUCGAUGUUGAGACGGCCGCGGCCUUUGUCACCGGUGUUGCGGACGGCUGCAUACAAGCAGGGUGCGCCCUCAUCGGGGGCGAAACCGCAGAAAUGCCUGGCUUGUUCAUCGACGACACCUACGACGCCGUCGGUGCCGCCGUUGGUGCAAUCAACACCUCCGGCCCCAACGCACGCACCAUCCUACCCGACACAUCAUCCAUGAAGGCGGGUGAUGUUCUCCUCGCCUUGGCUUCUUCGGGACCCCACUCAAACGGCUACUCUCUUGUCCGCAAGAUCGUCGAGCGCUCCGGGCUGAGCUACAAUGACCCCGCUCCCUUCGCCAUGCCCUCUUCCCUCUCCUCCGAGUCAAAUGAGCCCCUCACACUAGGACGCGCCCUCUUAACGCCCACCCGCAUCUAUGUUAAACCCCUCCUUAAAGCUCUCUCCGCCACUCAGUCAUCCAUUAAGGGUCUUGCCCAUAUCACCGGCGGCGGUCUCGUCGACAACGUCCCCCGCAUGCUACCCCCAACUCUUACAGCACACAUCGAUGCUAGGACCUGGGUGCUUCCUCCUGUAUUCUCAUGGCUCAAAAAGCAGGGCAACGUCUCCGCUCAUGAGAUGACCCGCGCCUUCAACUGCGGUGUUGGCAUGGUUAUUGUCGUCGAAAAAGGCUCUGAGGGUGCCGUUAAGGAUAUUCUCGAGAAAGAAGGCGAGACUGUGUACCAGGUUGGUGAGCUCAAGGUCAAGGUUGAGGGCGAAGAGGAAUGCAUUGUUUCGGGUCUUGAGACAUGGGACGCUUAGACGCUCCGAAGUCGGGCAGGGUUUUGGCGUUUUGAAGGACCUACUAAUCAUACAUGUAUGGUGGAUCAUAAAAGAGAAAAGAACGGUU